AUGGGCGAAGCGGACAGCUACUACAAUCCCCAGCAGGGCAACGGGCCCCAGCAGUACUACCAACCGCAGCAGCCAUACCAGCAGCAGCAGCCGCAACAGGGAUACAACCAGAACUAUCAACAACCUCCUUACCCCCCCCCCAGAAUGAACAUCAGGCGCCGCCCAACCCAAACGCUGGGUUCAACGCAGGUCAAGAUCGAGAAGCCAAAGUGGAAUGACUGGUGGGCUGGUGUCCUGCUGAUCCUCUUCUUCGCUGGAUUCGUCGUCGUCUCGGCAUUCUCGCUGUACAGAUACUCCAGCCACCGCAAUGUCUACGGCACCGGCAUCGGCAAUGACAACAACACCUUCUCUCUCGAUACAGGCACCAUCAUCCUCUUUGCCUUUGUGCUCGUCGUCGCACUCGUCCUCGGGUUCGGCUACCUCGCCCUGGCCAGAACCUUCCCGAAGCAGUUCAUCUGGGUCACCGGCAUCCUCAAUAUCGUCUUCGCUCUCGGCACGGCCAUCUUCUAUCUGAUCAGGAAGUAUUGGAGUGCUGGCAUCGUUUUCCUCAUCUUCGCCGCUUUCAUGGCCUUUUGCUUCUACACGUGGAUCUCCCGCAUCCCCUUCGCCGCCCUCAUGCUGAAGACGAGCGUGGACGUGAGCAGAAAGUACGGCCACACGUACAUUGUCAGCUUCGUGGGCGGUCUCCUCGCCGCCGCCAUCUCCGCCUGGUUCUCCGUCACACUGGUCGCCAUCUACACAGCCUACCAGCCCUCGGACAACAACCCGAGCUGCGCGAGCGGCGGCUGCAGCCAGGCCAAGGUCAUCGGCCUGAUCGCCUUUGUCACCUUCACCAUGUACUGGGUGUCGGAAUGGAUCAAGAACACGAUCCACGUCAUCAUCGCCGGCAUCUAUGGCUCUUGGUACUUUAACCCGCACCACCCUGCCAAGGGCGCGACGCGCGGCGCCGCCAAGAGGGCCCUGACCUACAGCUUCGGCUCCGUGAGUCUGGGCAGCCUGUUCCUGGCCAUCAUCCAGUUCCUGCGCAUGAUCUGCUCCGUGGCCAGGAGUCAAGCGGCCCAGAGUCAAGCGGCCCAGGAGGGCGGCAUCGGUGGCGCCAUUGGCUACGUCGUGUUCUGCAUCCUGGGCUGCAUCAUCUCCAUCCUGCAGUGGGCCGCCGAGUUCUUCAACAAGUACGCCUUUGUGCACAUUGCGCUCUACGGCAAGGCCUACUUUGCCGCGGCCAAGGACACCUGGAAGAUGGUCAAGGACCGUGGCAUCGAUGCCCUGAUCAAUGACUGUCUCAUCUCGCCCGUCGUCUCCUUUGGUGGUCUCUUUGUGGCCUAUGCGUGCGCAUUGCUGGCAUACCUCUACCUCUUGUUCAAGGACCCCCCUUACAACAACGAGGGACAGUACACGGCCGUGGUCCUCGCCUUCUCGUUCCUCAUUGGCAUGCAGAUCACCCUGAUCAUCACACAGCCUCUUGUCAGCGGCAUCAACACCAUCUUCGUCGCCGCUGGCUGGGAUCCCCAGGUCCUGUGGCGCGAGCACCCCGAGGUCUACGCCGAGAUGUGCAAGGUGUACCCCAAGGUCCAGCAGGUCAUUCGGGAUCGCUGA